AUGAAAUUUUUAUUAAUAAUUUUUAUUUUAGAAUUAUUUUUUGUUUCAAAUUAUGGUUUCAAAAUGGUUAGCACCCUAAUUGAUAAUGUUGCCAAAAAUAAUUAUUAUCAAUGUUAUAAUCAACCUCUGUCAAGUGAUGAUAUUUGUAAACCUGGAGCAUACAUUUGUGAAUUAAUGGAAGAUUCAGAAGAUACCUAUAUUAUUACAGGUGUUGAUUUUUCUCAACCAGGUAAUCCAAUGUCAGGAACUUGGUGUUACUUUGAAAAUUUUGCAAUUUUCACCAACUUAACAUCAAUAUAUGUGGGUGAUGAAAAUGGAAAAAUUAGAGGAAAUGGUGAAGCUAUUAAAAAUAUUGGUACUUUAAAAUAUCUUAAGAAAGUAUUUUAUAAAUAUUUUGAUGAAAUGAAUAGUGCAAUUACAUUUCAAGAUACAUUGGAGGAAUUUUUUAUAGGUACAGUAUCAGUUAAUGUACCAUCAUCAAUGUUUGAAUCAAAAUUAAAAACUUUAAUAAUUGAAAAUGCACUUGGUUUUUCAAAAUUAUCAAUUCCAAAUCUUAGUUUAACAACUUUAAAAAUUGGUGUAAAUCCUCAAAGUUUCACUCAAGAGAUUUCAGAAACUUUUUCAAAAAUAUUGGUAAAUUUAGAAAAUUAUGAAAUUUCCUAUACCACAAACGGUACAGUUUCAUCACCAGUAGCACCAGUUUUAAAUUAUUUCAAUUAUUUAAAAACUUUAACAAUUAAUGGAUAUUCACAAGAGACUAAUUGGGAAUUUCUAUUAUUGGAUAAUGAUUUAUCAAAUUCACUUGAAUCAUUAACACUUACAAAUUCAAUUUUUAAAUUUACAAAUGGUUAUGAUUUUUCAAAUUAUUUAUCAGGUUUUAAAUUAAUUGUAAAUGGAUAUGAAUCAUCAUUUUCAACAUGUAGUAAAUGUAUGAAAUUUCCAAUUAAUUCAAUAAUUGAAAGUGAUGGUAAUUUAGAAAUUGAUUCAAUUGAUUUUACAAAUGUUUUAAGUUUUUCAUCAACAAAUAAUGAAAUUUAUCAAGGAUUACCAGAGUUGGAAGAUAUAUCAACAAAUUAUAAAACAUUAGAGAGUUUCUAUAUAACUGAUAGUUCAAUUUAUGGAUCAAUUCCAGAAUCAUAUUGUCAACUUCCAAAAGAUUUUUCAUUAAGUAAUAAUGAAUUAUCCUAUUUACCAAAUUGUUUCAAAUGUGAUCUUGAACUCAAUUCAAAAAUUCUUCCAAAUGGUUUUUAUUUUAGUUCAAGAGAUUGUUCAGAUUAUAAUUUAAAUCAAAUCACUCAAUCAAAUACAACAUUUUCAACAAAAACUGGUGGAAAUUUACAAUUUAAUGGUACAAAUUUAGGUUGGGAGUAUAGUUUUGGAGAUUCUGAAAGUCACUCAUUGGAAAUACCAAAUAAAGAAUUCACAAUUACAAUUCCAAAAGGUGUUGGUAAAAAUAUUAAAAAACAAUUAACUUUAAAUAAUCACAUUAAUGAAACCAUAACCUAUAGUUAUAAUGCACCAACAAUUACAUCAUAUGAUGUUAUUGAGAUUAAUGGUGACUCUGUAUUAAUUAUCUAUGGUUCCGAUUUUGAUUAUGAUAAUGUAAAUCUUGCAAUCUUUACUGAAAAAGAAAGUUCAAACAAAUCAUUAAAAUUUUAUUUCGAAAAUCAACAAGAUAAAAAUAACUACAUCACUUCAACAAUUGCCAAUGUCUAUUCAAAUCUUGUAAGUGAUAAAAUUUAUCAAUUAUAUUUCACUGUUGGUGAACAACAAUCAAAUACAAUUGAAAUUUCAAUAACAAAACCUACCUCUUCUAGUAAUGAUAGUAGUUCAGAUGUUAGUAGCAAUAGUUCUAAGAAUAGAGAUUCCAGUGAUAGUGAUAGUGAUAGUGAUAGUGAUAGUGAUAGUGAUAGUGACAGUGAUAGUGAUAGUGAUAGUGAUAGUGAUAGCGAUAGUGAUAGUUCAGAGAAACCAUCAUCAUCUUCAAAAUUAAGUUUAUUUAUAAGCAUUAAUACUUUUAUCUUUAUGAUCAUUUUAUUAUUAUAA